ACAAUGACAGCUUUACAUAAUGUUACAGAACAUAUCAAUCUAUUGGCAACCGCAAUUGUGGUUAUAAAGGGAAACUAUGGGCACACAACUGUACUUAGGGCGCUAAUAGAUUCGGGGUCGCAGUCAUGCUUUAUCACUCAAAAGGCAACUCAAGCACUAAAAUUGCAACGCAAACCUGUAAAUUUGGUCGUCACGGGUAUGGAUAAUAUGAAGGUAAACAUCAAACAAGAAGUCAAUUUUGAUUUGUUAUCACGUUGGGAACCUAACUUUGAGCUACCAAUACACGCCUACGUGAUGUCACAGCCAUUAAAGUUUAACAUACCUUCAUCAGAAUAUUUGCAACAGGAACUGCGUCACUUUGAGAAAUUGAAUCUAGCAGAUCCAAAUUUUAUGGAUUCCGGAGCAUUGGAUUUGCUAUUAGGGGUGCAAGAGUAUACAGCAAUUCUUAAACAAGGAUUAAUCAAGGGUCCAUCAGGCACAAUAUGCGCACAGAAAACCAGCCUGGGAUGGAUUGUGAUGGGUGGAAUAAACAUCAACAUGAAACCAAAGCAUAAAGCCAUAAUGGCAAUGAAUAUCACAACUGAUGCAAGUUUUAAUGAUUUAAUUAAAACUAUUUGGGAGAUAGAUACAGACACAAAACGUAAUUUAACUAAAGAAGAAUUGAGAUGUGAAGAAUUUUAUAAAGAAACUCAUGCUAGGAAUAACGAAGGAAGAUAUAUAGUUAGAUUACCCUUUAAAACUGAAGCACCAUUGUCAUCUGAAGGAAAUACAAAAGAAACAGCAAUUAAGAGAUUAAUGCAGCUUGAAAGAAGAUUUAGUAGAAAUCCAGAACUAAAAGACGAAUAUCUGAAAGUAAUAAACGAAUAUAAAACAUUAAAUCAUAUUGAAGAAGUACCUGAAAAAGAAUUACAUAAAAAAUCAGUUUACUUACCUCACCACGCUGUUGUCCGUCAGGACAAAGAAACUACGAAGACACGAGUUGUUUUCGAUGCUUCCUGUAAAGGCUCCAACAAUAUUUCACUUAACGAGGAGCUUCUGUCAGGUCCAGUUUUGCAAGAAGAUUUAAGAAAUUUAAUCAUGAGAUGGCGUAUUCAUGCAAUUUGUUUCGUCUCAGAUAUUCAAAUGAUGUAUAGAAUGAUAAAAAUUCAUAGAGAUGAUGUUGAUUACCAGCGUAUAGUAUGGAGAGAAAAUCCAUCCGAUGAGAUACGUGACUAUCGCCUUCUUACUGUAACGUUCGGGACAGCCUCAGCACCGUAUCUUGCAGUAAAAACUUUGAAGCAACUAGCGAUUGAUGAAGGGGAUAAUUUUCCUGAAGCAGCUAGAAUAUUAAAUGAAGAUUUCUAUGUUGAUGAUUGCAUGUCUGGAAGUGAUGACGUUCAAAAAGCAAUUCAGAUUAGCAAGGAUUUAAAAGAAUUGUUACGUAGAGGUGGAUUCGAGUUGAAGAAAUGGUCCUCUAAUAAUACUGAAUUUAUGCAAAGUUUAAAACCAGAUGAAAGAACUACUAAAGCUCAUUUCGAUUUAAAACUAGAUGGAAUAAUUAAAGCACUAGGAGUUCAAUGGAAUUUAGGGAAUGAUCGAUUUGAAUACAACUUAAACUUACCUGAAAUUGUUGAAGAAAACAUUAUCACGAAGCGGAAUAUCCUCUCAGAUAUACAAAAGUUGUUCGACCCUUUAGGUUGGAUCGCACCUAGUAUUGUUCAAGCUAAAAUAUUAAUUCAAAAACUAUGGCUUGAAAAGGUUGAUUGGGAUGAGGAUCUUAACAUUUUUCUGAAAGAAGAAUGGUUGAAGAUUCGCCGAGAUCUUAUGAAUGUGAAUAACAUUUCUAUCGAUCGAUGGUUAAGUACUUCAUGCUCCAACAUGGAUACAAUUCAAAUUCAUGGUUAUUGUGAUGCUUCUAUUUUAGCUUACGCCGCCGUGGUGUAUUGCCUAGUCAAGAAAACGGACGGUUCAUAUAGAACAUCAUUAAUUGCAGCCAGAACUAGAGUGGCUCCCCUCAAGACAAUUUCGUUGCCAAAAUUAGAACUUUCUGGAGCUUUGCUUUUAUCCCGAUUAUUGAACCAAGUAGCACAGGCCAUGAGAAUACCGAUGGAAAGAGUUUUCGCAUGGACAGAUUCAUCUAUAGUCAUAGCUUGGUUGUCUGGCGAACCCACGAAAUGGAAGCCAUUUGUGGCCAAUCGUGUAGUAGAAAUUUUAGCAAAUCAUAAAAAAGAACAAUGGCAUCACGUCCAGUCACAAGAAAAUCCAGCAGAUAUUGCAUCUAGAGGUAUGUUCAUCUCCGAUUUGAAACACUGCAACCUUUGGUGGAAAGGACCUACUUGGUUACAAAAAGGAGAAAUCAUCUUAACAGACGAGAACAUAUUUACAACAGAUCUAGAAAAGAAAAAGGAAAAAAUUAAAACUCUCAUAUUGACAAACAUUAAAGAAGUAAAAAGAUUUUCUGAAAAAUUUGAAAGAUUUACUACCUUAAAUGAACUAUUAAGAACCAUAGCUUAUUGUAAAAAGUUUAUCAAGUUUAAAAAGGAUAAUAAAAAUAUAACAAUCACAACAGAAGAUAUAGAAGAAGCGUUACUAACAUGUAUCAAAAUAGUGCAAAAUGAAGAAUUCGAAACUGAAAUAGAUUCGUUAAAGAAAAAGAACAAUAUUAAAAAGAACAGUAAAUUGAAGACGCUUAAUCCAUUUUUAGAUAAUAAUGGAGUGCUCAGGGUGGGCGGAAGAUUAGCAAAAUCAAGUUUAGAAACAAAUACUAAACAUCCUAUAAUCAUUGGAAACAACAACACUCUUGUCUCACUUAUUAUCGCCGACGCUCAUAAAAGAACAUUACAUGGAGGUAUUCAGCUAAUGCUUUGUUAUUUACGCUCUAAAUAUUGGGUAUUGCGUGCAAAAGACAUGACAAAGAAGCAUAUCCAUCGAUGUCUAAUUUGCGCUAAGGAAAGUGCAAAGGUAAAAACUCAAUUAAUGGGUGAUUUACCUUCCGUUCGUACUACACCUUCUCGACCAUUUAUCAAUGCAGGUGUAGAUUUCGCUGGUCCAUUUCAAAUUGUGAUGAACAAAGGAAGAGGUAUCAAAACAAACAAAGCCUACGCUGCGAUUUUUGUCUGUAUGUCUACUAAAGCAAUGCACUUAGAACUAGUCGGUGACAUGACGUCAAAUUCAUUCAUAGCUGCAUACAGACGAUUUACAUCAAGAAGAGGCAAAUGCGCACAUCUUUGGAGUGAUCAGGGAAAAAACUUCGUAGGAGCAAACAAAGAGUUAUAUAAAGCAUGGGAAGAAGCAAAAUUGCAAUUUGACCAAGAAAUCAUAGACAGCUUAGCAAAUGAUGGCACUCAGUGGCACUUCAUUCCUGCAUACUCACCAAACUUCGGAGGACUCUGGAUGGUGUAACUAGAGUUUAUAGUGUUAAAAAUGGAAAUAAUAUUGUAAAACGAUCUGUAUCUAAACUUUGCUAUCUCCCAAUUAAUGAAGCUUAAGUGCCAAAUUGUUAAAGUAUAUUAAGGGUUUGCAUGUAAUUUUUUGAAAGGACAUUAAAGGUCCUUUGGUGGGCGGAUAUGUUCAACCAUAUUAUGUUUGUAAUUUUAAUAUGUAGUAAUAAAGUAGAUUCAACGCGAA